GGGUAACACUGUUUCGAACGACAAAAGUAGACAUAAAAAGGCAGAGUUCGAUGUGAAUUUGUGCAAUUAAUAUUAUUAAAUAUUUUUACACUUUUAUAGUAAACAAUUUUUUAUUCGCUUGUGCAACGAAUUUACAGCAUUUGUCAGCAAUCAGCCCAGUGCGUGUGUAUUAUAAUAAAUUAAAUUACGUAUCGACGGUAGGGGCUAAAAGCAGGCAAAUCAUAAAGCAGAGAGCAGAGCAAAGAAAGUUCUAAAAAUAUUUUUGAUCGUCGUGAAAGUCGCAUAUUUUAUAAAGCUUUAAAUUAAAGACCAAAUCAGCGCAUACUUAAUUGCAAAAAUGGUAUUGAAAGUGUACGUCAGCGGCAUGUCCGGCAACAAGGAGGUGAAGAAGCGCCAACAGCGCGUUCUGAUGAUUCUGGACAGCAAGAACAUUCAGUAUGAUACCAUUGACAUUACAGAGCCCGGCAAGGAGAGCGAAAAGGAGUUUAUGCAGAACAAAUCAACUAGCAGCGGCGGCACAGUCAGCGAUCCAGAGCCCAGACAUCCGUUGCCUCCGCAAAUCUUCAACGACGAGGAAUAUUGCGGCGAUUAUGAUGCUUUCGAUUUGGCCAAUGAGAUUGAUACGCUGGAGGUUUUUCUCAAGCUGGCGCCCGCUGAUACAACGGCUGUGAGUAGUGCUCAGAUUGAGCUGAAGCAGGAGAACGGAGUGGCAAAAGAGGGCGAAAAGACCGAAGACGAGGAAAAGAAAGCUCCAGCGGAAGGCGAAGGGGAAGGCGCGAACGCGGAGAAGGCAGAGGCAGAAGAUGGCGAGCAAUCCAGCGAGGAUAAGGAGAAAACAGAUAAAGAUGGCGAAGAAGAGGAUAAAAAGGAAGAGAGUCGUGAAGAAAAGACUGAAACCGAAGCUAAAGAAGGUAACGGCGAAUCAGAAUCGAAAGAAGAAAAGGAGGAAGCAACAGCAGAAAAAACUGAAGAUGAGCAGGAGAAGGCAGAGGAAGACGAUAAAAAGGAGAAUGAGGGUGAAGGUGAAGGUGAAGGUAAGAAAACGGAAGAAAAGGCAGAGGAAGCACAAGAUGCGGAAGGUGACACAAAGGAAGAGUCGAAAGAAGAUAAAGAUGUAACGGAAGCGAAAUCUGAAGACGAACCAAAAGAGAAAACAGAACAGAAGUCUGAAGACGAAACUAAAGAGAAAACGGAAGAGUCGAAAAUAGAUGAAGAUGAAGCAAAAGAGAAAUCAAGUGAAGAGAAUGAUACAUCGGAAGAAAAGCAAGAAGAGAAAGAAAAUGCCGAAGAGACCGUUGAGUCGGAAACGAAAGAAAGCGCAGAAAUCGAGACUGCCGAAGCGUCUGAAGAGCCAGAAGAAGAAGCUGACGAAAAUGAAGAAGAUAAGGAAAAAACUGAAGAAGCUAGUGCAGAGAUAAAUGAUACCAAAGAAGAAACAAAAGCAGAUGAAGCCAAAACAGAAGAAGAGAAACAGGAUGAUGAUGAAAAGAAAGAAGUAGAAAAAGAAGACGAGGAAAAAGGUGAAACAGCGAUAACAACAGCAGCCGCAGCUCUUGCUGCAGCGGUUCCAGGUCCAGCUCCAGCCGAAACGAAUAAUGCCUCGGCUCAGCUCUUAGAACAAGAGCGCGCAGCUGCGGCGCAAUAA